CCACCACCAAAAAAAAAGCUGAAACAGCAGAAAGAUCUACAGUCUUUGCCCAAAAAGAGCAACAGCAACAGUUCAGACAUGUCUUCUAGCAGCAACCUGCGGUCUGAGGAUCCGUUCCUGUGCUCCAUCUGUCUGGAUGUCUUCACUGAUCCAGUCAGCACACCAUGUGGACACAACUUCUGCAAAGCCUGCAUCACUCAGCACUGGGAUGGAAAUGAAAAAUGUCAGUGUCCUUUUUGUAACAAGUUGUUUAAGACCAGACCUGAGGUGGAAAUCAACACCUUCAUCAAAGAGAUGGUUGUUAAGUUCAGACGUGAAGCUCAGCAGGAAGCCAUUAGCAUCAACAUCUCAGAGCAACAAGCUGCCAAACCAGGAGAAGUUCCCUGUGACGUCUGCACUGGAACCAAACUGAAGGCCCUGAAGUCCUGCCUGGUGUGUCUCCUCUCCUACUGUCAGACUCACCUGGAGCCUCAUCUGACAGCUCCACGUCUGAAGAAACAUCAGCUGAUGGAGCCUGUGGAGAACCUGGAGGACAGGAUGUGUCUGCAGCAUGAAAGACCUCUGGAGCUGUUCUGUAGGACCGACCAGACAUGUGUCUGUUUGCUCUGUGCUGUUUUGGACCAUAAGAACCACGAGUUUGUUCCUCUGAGAGAAGAAACUGAAGGAAAGAAGGCAGAGCUGAAGAAGACAGAGGAUGAAGUUCAGAAGAUGAUCCAGAACAGACGAGUGAAGAUUCAGGAGAUCAAAGAGUCGGUGAAGAUCAGUAAAGAUGCUGCAGACAGAGAGAAAGCAGAAGGUGUUGAGGUCUUCACUGCUCUGAUGGAGUCUGCUGAGAGAGGCCUGAAGAAGCUCAUCAAGGAGAUCGAAGACAAACAGAAAACUGCAGAGAAACAGGCUGAAGACUUCAUCAAAGAUCUGGAACAGGAAAUAUCUGAGCUGAUGAAGAGGAGCUCUGAGGUGAAGCAGCUCUCCCGGUCUGAAGACCACCUCCACCUCCUCCAAAGCUUCUCCUCCCUGAAAGCUGCUCCACCCACCAAGAACUGGACAGAGGUCAGAGUCCGUCCACCAUCAUAUGAGGGGACUGUGGUGAGAGCUGUGGCUCAGCUGGAGGAGAAGAUCAGGAAGAAGAUGAAGAUGAUGAGGAAGGCUGAGAUGAAGAGGGUCCAGCAGUCUGCAGUGGAUGUGACUCUGGAUCCUGAUACAGCUCAUCCUAGACUCAUCCUGUCUGAUGAUGGAAAACAGGUUUACUGUGGGACUAAAGGACAGAAUCUACCAGACAAUCCAGAGAGAUUUUCUAUCUAUCUUUAUGUUUUAGGACGUCAGAGUUUCUCUUCAGGCAGAUUUUACUUUGAGGUUCAGGUUAAAGGAAAGACUGACUGGAGUUUAGGAGUGGCCAGAGAGUCCAUCAACAGGAAGGGAAAGAUCACACUGAGUCCUGAGGAUGGUGUCUGGACUGUUGUGUUGAGGAAAAGCAAUGAGUAUGUAGCUCUUGCUGAUCCUCCAGUCCGUCUGCAUCUCCAUCCUGGUCCUGAGAAGGUGGGGGUGUUUGUGGAUUAUGAGGAGGGUCUGGUCUCCUUCUAUGAUGUAGAUGCUGCAGCUCUGAUCUACUCCUUUACUGGCUGCUGCUUCACUGACAAACUCUACCCAUUAUUUAGUCCCUGUAAUAAUGAUGGAGGUAAAAACUCUGCUCCUCUGAUCAUCUGUCCUAUUAAUCAGGCUGAUUAAUCCUCUGAAAGCUCCUCUGAUGAAGAAUGAAUCUGUAGAUGAACAACCUUCAACCUGAGUGAGUCUUGAGGUGAAGUCCCGCUGGUUGAGAGGUUAGCUUGGAAACAUCUUCAGCAGGAAGUCGACAGUUCAGUUCCACCUCUGAUCUCUAUUUAUUCCCUGAAUUGCUGAUGGCCCAUUGGUAGUAUGGGGUUGAAGUGAAGCCACUGGCCGCCAUAUUGGUACUCCCUAUGGAGUACCAAUAUUU